AUGUUUUCGACGCGCUGUGAUGUGUGUGAACAAUUCGUAUUAGAGCAAAUGCUUUAUCCGACGCGAAGUGAGCCUUUCCGGCUCGUUCUCACCUGGUUUACCUCCUCGGACAAGAAUCAGACUGUGGACUUUUUGGGCAAUGUGAAGAGAGGCGCUUGUCCCUGUUCGGUGAACAAAACGUGCGUGGACCCAAAUCAAUCAUGCAACUGCGAUGUUAAGGAGAACAAAUGGAAUUCGGACGAAGGUUACUACCAGGAACCGCACAGCUUGGGCAUCACAAACAUGUACUUUUUGCAGCAAAAGGAUCUGGACGAUGAGGCGCAAGGACGCAUCACCCUAGGGCCGCUGGAAUGCGUCGAGACAAAUACACAAAAGUAUGUGGUUACGUUCACCACAUCGCAGUCGUAUAUCGAGGUGCCUGGCUGGCGCAAGGGCGAUAUUGCCUUCUCUUUUCGCACCACGGGCGAGAAGGCCAUAUUACUAUUCCAGCCACCGAUACGUGCGCAUUAUCCUUCAUUUAUGGUCGCACUAACUGGCGACUAUCAGCUAACAUUUAAUUUUACACUGAGCACGGGCACUACGCGGGAGCUGGUAAUUAACUCUCACCGCAGAUUGAAUGGCGGUGAAUGGCAUAAAAUAUGGAUAGACUAUAACCAAUAUCAUGUGCGCUUCAUGAUAAACACCGAUUACCAGAUGCUCGAUUUGCUGCCCGAGGAGGAGUUUGGACCAUUCGAGGGCAGCAUGUAUAUUGGUGGCGCCACAUUCGAUUUGUUGAAGAAGCUGUCGGUUAAGGCGGGCCUUAUUGGCUGCUUUAGGGGGCUGGUGGUCAAUGGCGAAAUACUCGAUAUCUAUAGCUAUAUGUCGGUGCAUCUGUCGGAGAUUAUUAAAGACUGCAAGCCGUCCUGUGUGCCGUCGCCUUGUCGCAAUGGCGCGCAGUGCAAAGAGCUCUGGAGCAGCUUCAAGUGUGUGUGCAAUAAUCCCUGGGCGCAUAUUGGCGAAUUUUGCGAGACAAACAUCAACGAAAAGGCAUUGACCUUUAUCAAUCGCGAAUCCUUCUUAAUGCGCAACUAUUUUAGCGUAAGCACCACGCCCGCCAUUUUAUUGCCCGGCAUCGAGGGCGAACGUGAAAUGCUCAAAGGCAUUCUCAGUCAGAAUAUUCUGAUCAAUCUGCGCACCUACGACACCAACUCGCUGAUACUCUAUGCCAACGAUCAUUACAACAAUUUCGUGCAUUUGUACAUCAGUCCGAGCAGAGAAAUUGUCUUUCUCUACAACUAUGGCGAUGAGAUAGUGAAUCUAACGCUGCUGGACGAAACGCUCAUGGGCACGCUCAAGAGCAUUCAGGUGGCCAUAGUGCGGGGCGAGCAGGAGACGCGCAUGCAUGUGAAUCAGCGCAGCGUGAGCAUUGAACGCGGCACGCUGCUGCUGGACGAGUACGCCAAUAGGCCCUGGAGCAAUCCCGAAAAGGAGGUGCUCUCACCCCAUCGCCCGCCCGCACCGCCCACCGAGUACUUUCAGUUCCAUGUGGGCGGCUAUGAUCCGGCGAAUUUGCUGCGGCCAAAUGUCGAUGCCACGGCCAUUGCUUUGGAGGGCUACAUUGGCUGCAUACGCGGCCUCAAAAUCGGCGCCCAGUUGAUCGACUUGGCGGAAAUCAAUGAAAGGAAUAUAGCGCCCACUCAGGAGGGUGUGCUGCCCAAUUGCCAGAUCAAGUGCGACGCCGAGCCUUGCAAGAAUGGCGGCAUCUGCAAGGAGCACUUUGCCGAGCAGCUCUCCACCUGCGACUGCGAGCACACGAGUUUCCUCGGCGAGUUCUGUUCGGUUGAGAAGGGCGCCGACUUUAGCGGCGAGUCCACACUACAGCGCAAAUUCGAGCUGCCCAGCUCCGGCAGCGUGGACUACGUGCGUCUGCAGUUGGCCUUCAGCUCGUUUGAUCUGCGACGCGCCAAUCGCAUUAUGCUGCUGCUGCAGACGGCGGCAGAGCGCAGCUAUUAUCUGCUGCUGGCCAUAACCGUCGACGGCUACCUGCAGUUCGAGGAGGAUCGCGAAAAGGGCCAAACGGUGGGCGCACGCAUCGACAGGAAUUUCUUAAACAGCGCCCGACACUCGAUUUAUUAUGUGCGCAAUGGCACGCAGGCGCAACUGUUCAUCGAUCGCGAGCAGGUGCCGCUCACAGACUUUGCCGCACGUGUGAUCACCACAACGCUGGACGAGGGCGCCAAUCGUGCCCAGAUCGGUGGCAUCAACACCACAGACUCGCGCUUUGCGGUCUUCAAGAGCUACAGCGGCUGCCUGUCGAAUAUCUAUAUACAGGUGAAUGGACACAUUAUGAAACCACUGGAGGAGUAUAUGCUGUUUACCAAAUCCGGUGCGGACAAUAUAACGGUCAUCAAUCCGCAGGGUGUGCGCAGCGCUCAAUGUAAUGCCAAAUUUGAUGUUAGCGAGCAGCCAACACAGGAGCCGAUGGUCAAUGUGAGCAUGAUACCCGAGCCUUGGGUCGAGGAGCCGCCACAGCGUGUGCCCUACAUAUCGAAAUUCGUUUAUGAUGUGGACAAAAAGGAGGACUCGACACAGAUGUUGUUCAUAACGCUGACAAGCAUAUUUGUCAUUAUUGUCAUUUGCUGCCUGCUCGAGGUGUAUCGCAGUCAUUUGGCGUACAAGAAGCGCAUUGAGCGCGAAACGGAUGAGGAUAUUAUUUGGUCCAAGGAGCAGGCAACCAAAAUGCACGAGUCGCCAGCUGUGAAGGGUGCGGGUGCAGCAGCAGGCAGUGGCACAGCCUAUGGCUACAAGGCGCUGCCACAGGAGGAUCGAAAACCAGGCAAUGGUGCAGCAACUGCAGCAACCCUGGUAAGCAUACUCAAGAAUGGUGGCAACAACACAACGACGCUGCCCAAUGCUGUUGCUGCUGCCACAAAGAAUGGCGACAUUGCUAGCCAUAGCAGCAUAGCAGAGGAAGAGCAUGAAGUGGAGCCGCCAGCAAAGCCAGCAGAGACGCCAGCGCCUGUAGAGCAAGCUGAGCAGCAGCUGCUUAACCUCAGCAAGGAGGAAGUGGCUGCAACGGAAGCAGUGCCUGCCACAAAUGCAAAUGAAGUGACAGUCACAACUAUAGUUAAUGGUCAGCCAGAAGCAGCGCCCAUUGAGGCAGCAGCAGCUACAACAACAACAACAACAGCGUUACCGCUAGCAGCACCACAACGACGCAAAUCCCGCCACAAAGCACACGAUGACAGCGAGAGGCAGCAGAAGCAGCAGCAGCUCUUUGAUGUCAACGCUGGAAAUGCCAAUGCGCCAACAAAGUUACCACCAGCCCAACCCCACACUGCAAUUGGUAAAGCCAAGGCUUUGCGCCCUAUGCCCGCGCCCAUGUAUCUGGAGAGCGCAUUGCUGCAGCGACAAUUCGCGAAUCCAAUUAGUUACUUGGGCGGACCACGACUGGCGCCGCGCAGCCAACGCAAUAGCAUCGACUCGAUAUUAUCACUAGAUUAACAACAAGCAUCCGCGCCAACGAGGCUAGUCACAAUCCCACCCACCCAGCUCGUCGUCUGUGCUUGCAACAGGCUGCAACUUAAAGUAUGUAAACAACGUGGCACAAAUUUAAGAACGUUGAUAUUAUAUUAAAAUAUUGUUGGCUAUGUACAGCAGCAAAGCUUAGCAAAUCAAUUACUUAAUUAACGCUGACAAUAUUUUAAAAUAUAUCAACGCCAGCACAAAUUACAAAUGAAUUAACCUUAGUUAGUUAACCAGUAUUCAAAUUCUAGUUACAACAAAU